AGAUGUCAAAGCACAUUUGGUCAGCCAUUUUCAACAUUUUGCAAAGUUCGUUUUCCCAUAUUUUCUUUCGUCUUCUUUCAGCUGAAAGUGAUGCCAAAAAAGAUAUUGUGUUCCUUCUUGAUGGCUCAGAUGGCACAAGGAAUGGUUUCCCUGCCAUGCGUGAUUUUGUCGAAAGAGUGGUAAAGAAACUCAAUGUGGGACCAAACAGAGAUCGUGUCUCUGUGGUCCAGUACAGCAGAGAUGCAGAGGUCCAGUUCUAUCUGAACACGUACACCUCAAGAGAUGCUAUUGGGGAUGCAGUCAGAGGGCUCAGACACAGAGGAGGCAGACCUCUCAAUACAGGGUCUGCCCUCCAAUACGUCAGAGACAACAUCUUUACAAACUCCUCUGGUAGUAGGCACCAACAAGGUGUUCCACAAAUAUUAAUCCUGCUAAAUGGCGGAAGGUCUUCUGACAGCAUUGACAUCCCAGCAUCCGCUCUCAAACAGCGGGGCAUCUUUACAAUCACCAUUGGAACACAGAGCUCUGACAACAACGAACUCCAGAAGAUUUCUUAUGGUCCGAGCUAUUCUCUGUCCGUGCCUGAGCUCACUGACCUUCCCAAUGUCCAAGAUCAGCUUUCCUCUGUAAUGAGCAAAGUCUUAAGGGCAGUGCCCGGGACACCCACAUUGACUGUGGACGGACAGGCAGUAGGAAGAGAUGUUGUUUUCUUGUUGGAUGGAUCUGACACCACAAGAAAUGGAUUUUCUGCUAUGAGAGACUUUGUCCAACGAGUAGUAGAGACACUUAACGUGGACGACAACAGAGAUCGUGUCUCAGUAGUUCAGUACAGCAGAGACGCAGCUGUCCAGUUCUAUCUGAACACAUACACGACAAAGGGCGAGAUCCUUGAUAUUGUCAGAGGUCUGAGGCACAAAGGUGGAAGACCCCUCAACACGGGAGCAGCUCUCCAGUACUUGAGGGAUAAUGUCUUCACAGCCUCUGCUGGGAGCAGGCGGCUUGAGGGAGUUCCACAGGUCCUAAUUUUGCUAAGCGGUGGAAGGUCUUUUGACAGCGUUGAUGCAUCAGCUGCUGAACUCAAACAGCUGGGAGUGCUGAUCUUUGCCAUCGGAACCCGGGGCUCCGAUAGCAGAGAACUGCAGAAGAUAGCCCACGACACCAGCUAUGCUCUGUCUGUGACUGAAUUCUCUGACCUACCAAGUAUCCAGCAACAGCUCCAGACCUCCGUGAAUACUGCGGUGAUUGACGUCACCCCAGAAUCACCACCAGUCAUUGGUACGUUUACAAUCACAUGAUAUAAGUAUGCACGGAUAGGUUAUUCGAUCUUCCAUAUCUUCAGUGACAAAGAUACUGAGCUAGCGCAAAGCUUAUUUUUUCUGAGAUGGGGAUUUCUCUUAGAAUAGGGCUUGAAGUUAAAAGAGGCAGCACUCGUAACUUAAAAAGAUGUCAAAGCACAUUUGGUCAGCCAUUUUCAACAUUUUGCAAAGUUCGUUUUCCCAUAUUUUCUUUCGUCUUCUUUCAGCUGAAAGUGAUGCCAAAAAAGAUAUUGUGUUCCUUCUUGAUGGCUCAGAUGGCACAAGGAAUGGUUUCCCUGCCAUGCGUGAUUUUGUUGAUAGAGUGGUAAAGAAACUCAAUGUGGGACCAAACAGAGAUCGUGUCUCUGUGGUCCAGUACAGCAGAGAUGCAGAGGUCCAGUUCUAUCUGAACACGUACACCUCAAGAGAUGCUAUUGGGGAUGCAGUCAGAGGGCUCAGACACAGAGGAGGCAGACCUCUCAAUACAGGGUCUGCCCUCCAAUACGUCAGAGACAACAUCUUUACAAACUCCUCUGGUAGUAGGCACCAACAAGGUGUUCCACAAAUAUUAAUCCUGCUAAAUGGCGGAAGGUCUUCUGACAGCAUUGACAUCCCAGCAUCCGCUCUCAAACAGCGGGGCAUCUUUACAAUCACCAUUGGAACACAGAGCUCUGACAACAACGAACUCCAGAAGAUUUCUUAUGGUCCGAGCUAUUCUCUGUCCGUGCCUGAGCUCACUGACCUUCCCAAUGUCCAAGAUCAGCUUUCCUCUGUAAUGAGCAAAGUCUUAAGGGCAGUGCCCGGGACACCCACAUUGACUGUGGACGGACAGGCAGUAGGAAGAGAUGUUGUUUUCUUGUUGGAUGGAUCUGACACCACAAGAAAUGGAUUUUCUGCUAUGAGAGACUUUGUCCAACGAGUAGUAGAGACACUUAACGUGGACGACAACAGAGAUCGUGUCUCAGUAGUUCAGUACAGCAGAGACGCAGCUGUCCAGUUCUAUCUGAACACAUACACGACAAAGGGCGAGAUCCUUGAUAUUGUCAGAGGUCUGAGGCACAAAGGUGGAAGACCCCUCAACACGGGAGCAGCUCUCCAGUACUUGAGGGAUAAUGUCUUCACAGCCUCUGCUGGGAGCAGGCGGCUUGAGGGAGUUCCACAGGUCCUAAUUUUGCUAAGCGGUGGAAGGUCUUUUGACAGCGUUGAUGCAUCAGCUGCUGAACUCAAACAGCUGGGAGUGCUGAUCUUUGCCAUCGGAACCCGGGGCUCCGAUAGCAGGGAACUGCAGAAGAUAGCCCACGACACCAGCUAUGCUCUGUCUGUGACUGAAUUCUCUGACCUACCAAGUAUCCAGCAACAGCUCCAGACCUCCGUGAAUACUGCGGUGAUUGACGUCACCCCAGAAUCACCACCAGUCAUUGGUACGUUUACAAUCACAUGAUAUAAGUAUGCACGGAUAGGUUAUUCGAUCUUCCAUAUCUUCAGUGACAA